AUAUAUAGGAAUUAAGAAACAUGAGUUUUUCUCUCAACUCUCUCACAACUCAUCAUUAUCAUGGGUCUCAUGAAGAAGUUCAGCAUCCUCUUCUGCCUCUUCCUUCUCAUUUCUGUAUCACUUUUUUCAACUUCUUUUGCAGGAAGAAGAUCAGAGUUCAUGAGUAACGUGGCUGCAGAUGUUAGUGCAAUUCAAGAGGGAACAUCACAGAAACCAGUGAAAGAAGAAGAAGAAAGCAUGAUCCAUGAGAGGCUUCUUAGGGCUAACACAAGAGAUUAUGGAAGAUAUGAUCCCUCACCAACAUUUUCUAAGCCCCCUUUUAAGCUCAUACCCAAUUAAUUAAUUAAAUUAAAUUAAUAUUUGAAGCCAUAUGAUAUAUAGUGAGUUGUGUAUCAUAAAAUAAGCCACCACUGUUUGUCUUGUAAUAUAUAUUUUACAUGAUAUAUAUUGUAUAAUAUUAAUAUAAUAUAGAUACAGAGUUAACUAUAUCAAAGACUUAGCUUGAUGAACCAUAAUAAUUUUGUAACAUAUAAUAGAUAUAUAUAGACAUUACUACAUGAUGAAGAAGAUUGCUGUAAGAAUAUCACUAAUACUAGAUCUAGUGACCGUUGUAUGUGAGAGCUUGAUUUUAAAAAUUGUUAUGACAUUGUUAAUUAUUUAAAAUUUGAUGUUGAGAUUUGUUAUGUA